AUGGCGACACCGACGCGACCGCCUGCAGUCUCGACUCCCAGACCUCUGACUUCCACACCUCAUCGGCCUACAGCCUCUCCCCGAACCAACUUGGGCGCAUUCGCAAACAAAACCAUAGCAGGAAAAUCGCCAGCAGUGAAAACCCCAGCCUCAACUCACAACCAUGCACAUCGUAGCAGUAUCUCAUCACAUCCCACUUCGACUGCUCUUGCUUCAUCUGCCUUGCAGGAGGAUAUCCUCAAUAUGAACACUCCAUCUGCGCUCUUAGCUUCAAUGGGAACCAUCGGCUUGACCCCUCUUCCCGUCACGCAAGACGGAUUGGGGAUUGUCCCAGGAUCUACUGCAUUGUCGACGUUACAAGAUGGGCAUACUAGCAGGAAUCCAGAAAGAGAACGAUACGAACGUCUGAAAACCGUUGCCGAGCUAUUGAAACGGAAGACUGCUGGAAGAGGCAUAAGCAGGGAACACAUUCAACGAUUGGCUAAGAUCCACGGCUUUGAUGAGGGUCUGGAUGAGAACAGUCUUACGAUUGCUGGUCAGAAAUUUGUCGAGCUUGAGAUCAAUUUUGAUGCCGUUGAGCAAAACAAAGUCGAUAAAGUCUCCUUGAAACUCAACGGGACUGAUCAGGAUGAGGGCAUUUACCAAGAUGGCGCCUCUCAAGUUUUGUCUGUGAAUCUAAAACCUCAACUUGAUUCAAAGGUACCUUGGCACGAUCUUGUGGACUUCUCAGCCAACUUGGGUUAUCUAAGUCGCCUCGAGCAUGCCGAUACCAGCGGCAACUGCUUUCAAGUCAUAGAUAACCUAUACGACGUCUUUCAGCGUAUCUGGAUCGAGGAGAAGAAGCGUAUGAAAUGGAGACAUGACUGUCAUCAUUUCUGUCAGAGCAAUGUAGGCGAACCUCAAAAGGAUGUACGCGGACGGCUGGGUUUAAACACAGUCUACUGGUCGAGAGGUCGCAGGUUCUUUUCAUGCCAAGAACUAGAUACAGAUGAGCAUGUGGACAGCGAUACCUGGAAAGCCACUUUUGCUGUUGAAUCUGGUUCUCCUUCCAUCCCUGCAAUUCAGCAAUGGCUAGCCGAUGAUGUUCUGACCAAUACUGCCCGAGCAGAAGAUAUCUUUCAAGAAUCCACAAUAGAUAAACCUUCCUGGCAAGACCCCAAUCUGCCUACCCAGCCCAAAACUGCACAAUCCAAAGAUGCCAUGGACGUUGACCAGCCCAAAGCAGAGGUACAAGAAGAGCUUAACAUGCAUUUCACGUGUCAACUCGAGCCUGAGAUCUUUCUACCUUUGCAGCAAGCCCAAGCACUAAAUGAGCGCUCGUACCUAAUCGACCUGCACCAGAAUCUGCUAGUCACUGUCCAACAGCUGGUCCUCGGCCACACAACCACUCCCACCGACAAAAGGUGGCUAAGGACGCAACACACCUUCAGCAAGAGUGGAGAGCACAAGGAGCAAAAAUACUCGUACAUGCUCUAUGCCGCGAACCAAGCAUGGCUUCACCCCGUCAGCAAAUUAAAGUUUGCUCAUCCACAACAAUAUGCUGAGGCCCUCCCUAUCCUCCGCCAGUAUGCCCUUGUCAACACGCUUCUACAAUCGAUCAAGCCUGAACCCUCCGCACAAACAUCAGAACAAUCACCCUCCGACUCAACCACAACCACCACACACAAAACAACCCCUGCCCGCGGCAAAAUCACCAAACGGUCCAACAAACCAGCCCUCAACGCACAAAUAGACGCCCUUCUCGGCCACAACCUCACAGACUCCCAGCAACAACAAUCCCCCCUCCCAAUCGACCUCCGCAUCGACCCUCUCUCGACCUCAGCCAAACCCUCCGCUUCCUCCUCCUGCUGCCGCCUCCAAAUCAGCCUCCCCCUCUCAAGCCGAGUCCUCUCCCGCACCACAGGCCAACGCCUCAAAGCAAAAGCAUUCCUAGCCAUUCAGAUCGACAUCUUACUUAACGGCGUCGUGGAAGUCGUCAGUCUUGAUGGGAUCGAGCUGGAGAAGGAACAGGGUGAAGAUUUGAAGAAGAGACUUGUGCGGGUGGUGAGGGCGAGUGAGGAUGUUGGGACGGUUGUGGCGUGGACGGUGAGGGAGCUUGAGGGGUGGGGAGGACUUGGGGGUGUUGAUGAUGUUGAUGAAGGAGGAGGAGAAGGGAGGGUUGGUGGUGGUGAUUCAGGGAUUCAUGAUCAGGAGCAUACGAUGGAGGAUGAUGAUGAUGAUGACAAGGACUCGCUGUUUGAUUGGGUUGAUGAGGCUAUUGAUAUGCAUUUUGGGCGCUGA